GUGUGACAGUUGAGCUUUGUGGGGAACCAUCGCUAUUGCUGGAACCUGACAGAAACCCUAACAGAAGCCGGUUAUUAGACCAUCUCCCUGCAGCCUCACUCCCCACUGUGUACCAGGAACCUUGCAGUAAGUGUGGCCGUCUCUCUGCUGCAGCCAUGGGGUCCGAGGAUCACGGGGCCCAGAACCCAAGUUGUAAAAUCAUGACGUUUCGCCCAACGAUGGAGGAGUUUAAGGACUUCAACAAAUAUGUGGCCUACAUCGAGUCCCAGGGGGCCCACCGGGCGGGCCUGGCCAAGAUCAUCCCCCCGAAGGAGUGGAAGCCACGGCAGACAUACGACGACAUUGACGACGUGGUCAUCCCGGCGCCCAUCCAGCAGGUGGUGACGGGCCAGUCGGGCCUCUUCACGCAGUAUAACAUCCAGAAGAAGGCCAUGACGGUUGGGGAGUACCGGCGCCUGGCCAAUAGCGAGAAGUACUGCACCCCCCGGCACCAGGACUUCGAUGACCUGGAGCGCAAGUACUGGAAGAACCUCACCUUCGUGUCGCCCAUCUAUGGGGCUGACAUCAGUGGCUCCUUGUAUGAUGACGAUGUGGCCCAGUGGAACAUCGGGAACCUGCGGACCAUCCUGGACAUGGUGGAGCGCGAGUGCGGCACCAUCAUCGAGGGCGUCAACACCCCCUACCUGUACUUCGGCAUGUGGAAGACCACCUUCGCCUGGCACACGGAGGACAUGGACCUGUACAGCAUCAACUACCUGCACUUCGGGGAGCCCAAGUCCUGGUACGCCAUCCCCCCAGAGCAUGGCAAGCGCCUGGAGCGUCUGGCAAUCGGCUUCUUCCCCGGGAGCUCCCAGGGCUGCGACGCUUUCCUUCGGCACAAGAUGACCCUCAUCUCGCCCAUCAUCCUCAAGAAGUAUGGGAUCCCAUUCAGCCGGACAGCCCUCCUGGACGGGGGAGUCUGCGCCCUGGUCCCUGCGUGGGUCCAGGCGAGAGGCCUGUGCCUGGAACUUACCGGACAGGCGUGUGGGCCGUGGCACCGAGGGCAGGGGGCAGAGGAGACUGUCUGGGAAUCCAGCUUCUCUAGGUUUCCCCGAAGAGCGCUUCGUCAGGCGCAGGAGCGAGUUCUGGGGCGGACCUUCGUGCCUCUCUCUGGCCAAGGGUGUCAGCAGAUCACGCAGGAGGCUGGGGAGUUCAUGAUCACGUUCCCCUACGGCUACCACGCCGGAUUCAACCACGGAUUCAACUGCGCGGAAUCUACCAACUUUGCCACCCUGCGGUGGAUUGAUUACGGCAAGGUGGCCACCCAGUGCACAUGCCGGAAGGACAUGGUCAAGAUCUCCAUGGACGUCUUUGUGCGCAUCCUGCAGCCGGAGCGCUACGAGCUGUGGAAGCAGGGCAAGGACCUCACGGUGCUGGACCACACACGGCCCACGGCCCUGAGCAGCCCCGAGCUGAGCACCUGGAGCGCCUCCCGGGCCUCGCUCAAGGCCAAGCUCCUGCGCAGACAAAUUAGUCUGAAAGAAAACAGACACUGGAAAAAGACUGAGGAGGAGAGGAAACCAAGUCUAGAGAGGAAGAAAGAGCAGACCAGGAGGCCGGGGCUGUCGUCUCACCGGAAGCGGAGCCAGCCCAAGAAGCCCAAGCCGGACGACCCCAAGUCUCCUGGCGAGGGGGCAGCUGGGACGGCCCUCCUGGAGGAGGCUGGUGGCAGCAUGAAGGAGGAGGCCACACCAGAGGCCGACCCCGAGGAGGAGGAGGAGGAAUCCCAGCCGCUGCCACAGGGCCGGGAGGCCGAGGGCUCCGAAGAGGACGGGAGGGGCAAGCUGCGGCCAGCCAAGGCCAAGAGCGACCGGAAGAAGAAGAGCUAUGGCCCUCUGCACCUCCACCACCCGCUCAUGCCCCAGCUGCCGCCGCCCCCGCCCACCCAGUUCCCCACCGAAGAGGUGCCCCUGCUAGAGAUCCCGGCACCGGCCACCGGCCCUGAGGCCGCCGAGGAGAACCCCCCGCCACCGCCUCUCAACGUGGUGCCCCCCGAAGCACCCAGCGAGGAGCCAGAGGUGAAGCCGCGCCCCAUCAUCCCCAUGCUGUUCGUGGUGCCGCGGCCCGGCCCGGCGGCAGGCGACAAGGGCCGCGUGUCCUGCCAGCAGGCCUCUGAGCACUUUGCCCAGAAGGGCCCCACCUGGAAGGAGCAGGUGGCCCCCAUGGAGCUGACGGGGCCCGAGGAGGAGAGCGGAGCCGGCGAGGUACAGGCUCCGUCGACCUUUUCCAAGUUGAAGAUGGAGAUCAAGAAGAGCCGGCGCCACCCUCUGGGCAGGCCACCCACCCGGUCCCCGCUGUCUGUGGUCAAGCAGGAGGCCUCAAGUGACGAGGAAGCCUUCCCUUUCUCUGGGGACGAGGACGUGGGUGACCCCGAGGCCUUGAGGUCUUUGCUGUCCCUGCAGUGGAAGAACAAGGCGGCCAGCUUCCAGGCUGAGAGGAAGUUCAACGCGGCAGCCGCCCUGACGGAGCCCUACUGUGCCAUCUGCACCCUCUUCUACCCGUACAGCCAGUCCCUACAGAUCGAGAAGGAGACUCCCCAGGCCUCCCUUGGGGAGGGCCCCUCGGCCACACCGCCUUCCAAAAGCGGUCAGAAGACGCGACCGCUGAUCCCCGAGAUGUGCUUCACCUCCAGCGGGGAGAACACAGAGCCGCUCCCCGCCAAUUCCUACAUCGGCGACGACGGGACCAGCCUGCUGAUCUCCUGUGCUAAGUGCUGCCUGCAGGUCCAUGCCAGUUGUUACGGCAUCCGCCCAGAGCUGGUCAACGAGGGCUGGACGUGUUCCCGGUGCGCGGCCCACGCCUGGACUGCGGAGUGCUGCCUGUGCAACCUCCGGGGAGGCGCCCUGCAGAUGACGACUGACAGGAGGUGGAUCCACGUGAUCUGCGCCAUCGCCGUCCCGGAAGUGCGGUUCCUGAACGUGAUGGAGCGCCACCCCGUGGACAUCAGCGCCAUCCCCGAGCAGCGGUGGAAGCUGAAAUGUGUGUACUGCCGGAAGCGGAUGAAGAAGGUGUCGGGCGCCUGCAUCCAGUGCUCCUGCGAGCACUGCUCCACCUCCUUCCACGUGACCUGCGCCCACGCCGCUGGCGUCCUCAUGGAGCCAGACGACUGGCCCUACGUUGUCUCCAUCACCUGCUUCAAGCACAAGUCGGGGGGUCACACUGUCCAGAUCCUGAGGGCCGUGUCCUUAGGGCAGGUGGUCAUCACCAAGAACCGCAACGGGCUUUACUACCGGUGCCGCGUCAUCGGCACCACCACGCAGACCUUUUACGAAGUGAACUUUGACGACGGGUCUUACAGCGAUAACCUGUACCCAGAGAGCAUCACGAGUAGAGACUGUGCCCGGCUGGGUCCCCCACCUGAGGGCGAGUUUGUUGAGCUCCGGUGGACUGAUGGCAACAUCUACAGGGCCAAGUUCAUUUCCUCUGUGACCAGUCACAUCUACCAGGUGGAGUUCGAGGAUGGGUCCCAGCUGACAGUGAAGCGUGGUGACAUCUUCACCCUGGACGAGGAGCUCCCCAAGAGGGUCCGGUCCCGGCUGUCGGUCACCACGGGGGCCCCGCAGGAAAAUGUCUUCUCGGGAGAAGAGGUGAAGGCCGCCAAGCGCCCGCGGGUGGGCACCCCUCGCGCCGCGGAGGACUCGGGGCGGAACCCGGACUACCCGGCCUUCAUGGAGAGCCUCCUGCAGGCGCAGUGCUGGCCCGGAGCCCCAUUCUAGGACAGCCGGCCGCCCGGCGACCCCUUGGCCCAGCAAGGCAGGCGCGGCGGGCCCAGGCAUUUGCUUGCUGUGAAUCCCUGUCCUCGCCUCCGUGGCCCGAGAGGCUACCUUGGCGACAGGAGCGAGCAGGACGCCACACGCGCCCCCGGACUCAGGGAGCAGGGCCACGUGGGCUCUGGGGGGCCGGCGGGGGCACGCGCCACCCCCUCAACCCAGAUUCGUAAACCACGUAAGCUCUUCUUCUCGAAAAGGUGCUACUGCAUUGCCUGCCUCCUGAGCAGCCUUUGAGAUUGUGACUUCUGUACAUAAAUCACCUUUGUGAGGUUCUUUCUAUAAAUACCUAUUGUUUAAAAAAAACGCAAGAAGAGAAGGAAAGAAACGGAAAAACAAGCCCCAAAGUUGUUUUCUAGAUUUGUGGCUUUAAAAACAACAAGACAAAAUGUCCUUUUUCUCAGAACCAAGAUUGCUGCGGGAGAUGAAGGCAGCUCGUCUUUUCGUUUGUUGUGUUUUCUGGUCUCGCUGGUCUGUGAGUGGCGGGGAUGCACUGUAGCUGCGGUGAGGCCUGGGGGCACCCAGGGAUCCCGGACGGUGGCGCCUGGUCACUCACUCUCUCCCAGUCGUGAGAUCGAGAAGGCCCAGGUGGCUGGCACCGCCGCCAGCGCCCAAUGGGAGGAGACCGGCAGCUCCCUGGGUGGCCUGCCCCUUGUCUGCGUGGCCUUUUGCAAAAUAAACGCUCUCUCCUCUGGUGGCUCCAUCUUUUGCUUCUUCCCCUCGGGAGACCCAUCCCCCAGCUGAGGCCUCGGGUGGGCGGUCCUCGGGGGGUCCGGCUACGGCCCAGGUGUGCAGGGGGUCUUCCCCGGAACCCGAGGGGCUGGCACAUCCUGUAUCCUCUCCGUGACGCGUGGAUUUGUGUGUCCAGGAGAGAGAGAGCGCGAGGGAAUCGUUUUCAGCUCAGAGGAAAUCUGCCUCGUAAGGGUUGUGGGUUGAGUUUCCAGGCAAAAACGUGCUUCUUAGCCCCCCACCUCUCAGCUGCCCCGCUGUCCCCUGUAGGGGGAUUGAGGGCGUCAUUUGCUUGUAUAGAACUUUUUUUAAUUUAAAAAAAGAGGCUCUAACGGUUGCCAGGCCAGAGAGAACCAUGUAAGGGAAGUGGAGAGCAACUUCCUUGAUGGGGAGGGGGCAGGUGACCCGGAGGGGCGGGUGGGGCGGGAGGUGCCAGGGGAGUCGGCGGAAUGUCUGGGUUUCCUCUGCAUGCAGCAGCCCCUGCCCCAGGGCGCUGUCACUGUGUUCAUAUGUAGUUUGAAAAUGCUAUUUAUAUUGUAAAGAGAAUAAAAGGAAGCGGGCAGACGCCCCUGCGGCCCUGGGUUGGGCGGUGGGCCGGCCCCCGUGGCCGGUCCCUCUGGGUUGCUGCACCCCGUCCGUCGGUCGUGGGUUCCCAGACAACUCGUGCAGACAGGUGGUCUCACAGCAAAGGGGAACGCACACUUCCCCCACGAAGAUAACAUCCGUGUCUGUGUGCGAAAGCAAAAAACAAACCCACCCACCCUGGUUUUUUUCCCACCUGAGAUUAAGGAUGCGCGCUGUAUUUUUGCCUAAUUCCCCUGCCUCUAGGUUCAUAAUGAAUUAAAGGCUCGCGAGCACUGCGAAUUACA